AGCGGAGCGGGGCGGGAGCCGGCUGGGGCUCGGGGCUCGGGGCUCGGGGCUCGCGGCUCGGGGAGCGGCCAUGGGGAAGCUGCUGGCGGUGGCUCUCGUCGGGAUGGCGGCAGCCCUGGCGGCGGAGCGGCUGCUGGCCUUUCGGAACAGACUCAAUGCUGCACGGGAAAUCGACCCUGUAACCCUCCCGAAUUGCCAGCUCAUAAAAGGGAUUGAAAGGGGCUCGGAAGACAUCGACAUCCUUCCUAACGGACUGGCUUUCAUCAGCUCCGGUUUGAAAUACCCAGGAUUAAAGAGCUUCGCACCAGACAAACCAGGUGAAAUAUUUUUGAUGGAUUUGAAUGAAGACAAGCCCAGAGCAGUUGAACUGAGAAUCAGCCGUGGGUUUGACCUGGCAUCCUUUAACCCUCAUGGGAUCAGUACUUACAUAGACAAAGACGACACCGUGUACCUCUUUGUUGUGAAUCACCCACACCAGAAGAGCACAGUAGAAGUGUUUAAAUUUGUAGAAGAUGACAAUUCUCUUGUACAUCUGAAAGCCAUUCGACAUGACCUUCUGACAAGUGUGAAUGAUAUAGUGGCUGUGGGGCCAGACAGCUUCUAUGCUACCAACGAUCACUACUUCUCCGACUUCAUCUUGAUGUUCUUGGAGAUGUUCUUGGGUUUAACCUGGUCAAAUGUUGUUUACUACAGUCCAAAAGAAGUUAAAGAAGUAGCAGCUGGGUUUUAUUCAGCCAAUGGAAUUAACAUUUCACCUGAUAAAAAGUACAUCUAUGUUGCAGAUAUAUUAGAUCAUAAAGUCCAUGUUAUGGAAAAGCAUGCUAACUGGAAUUUAACCCAUGUGAAGACCCUGCAGCUGGACACUCUCGUCGAUAACUUGUCUGUCGACCCUGACACUGGGGACAUCUGGACAGGAUGUCAUCCCAAUGGGAUGAAGCUCUUCUACAAUGAUCCAGAAAAUCUUCCUGCCUCUGAGGUCCUGCGCAUCCAGAACAUCCUCUCGGAGGAGCCGGCGGUGACGCGCGUGUACGCCGACGAUGGCUCCGUGCUGCAGGGCAGCUCGGUGGCAUCCGUCCACGAUGGAAAGCUGCUCAUCGGCACCGUCUUCCACAGAGCCCUGUACUGUGAGCUAUAGCGGGUAAGAGCUGUCACAGGGCGAAGGAUUUAGUUCCUUGUGAACUCACCUAGUUUGUGCUAGAUUUCCUAAGGAUGAGACUGUUCCAAUAAACGUUAACCAGAGCCAUGGAAAUGCAUUGUAGCCUUCCUCUCCGGAAGGAGCGUUUUACAUAGCAGUAAAGGAGAUGGAACUGAAGGUGAGAAACCAGCUUCUAUUUAGAGUGGAGUACCUCAUAACAGUAACAAAGGGUAAAGCAGAAGGUCAAAUUCAGAUGACAAAUGACUGAAACCAUCAGACUUCGAAUUGUCUGUUGCGACUGGAUUUCUGGGUUUUGUCUGAGAAAAUCGGUGUUGUUAAUGAGAAUUACUAAUGACCAGUCUGGUGUGCUUUCUUGUCACUGACCCUGGCCUUUCCUAGGGACUGUGCUAGGGGUUCUUUUUCUAAGCCUUCCUGAUCCGGGCUUUCCCUAACACUUCAGAAAUCAGUGGAAGGAGAAUAAAUGAUAUUUUAGGCUCACUUCUUCCCUCUUCCCCUUUUAAACCAUUUCCUAACAUUACUUCACUUUCAUGAGUCUUACUCCUGCUGAGAAAAGAGGGGGCAUCGCUCUGGAGUGGUUUCUUACUGAGCCUUCCAGAGGGAGCUUAAAGAAGACUGUUUUUUUCUUAAGGAGCAGGAAACAAGUCCCAAAGACCUCCAGUGAAAAGCACAUUGGCUGUCAUUGUCUGUCACAGCACAGGGAGCCUUCGCGGGCGCUUUGCCACAGUGACUGCCACCAGGCGUGGGUUGUGCCUGUCCUGUGCCGAGCUCCAGGCGGUGCGGAGCUGAUUUCAGCACGGCUGGGCACCCGCUCCACAGUCACCCAUCGGCACUUACCAGCAGCAUUGUACUCUGCCCUGCUAAAGGACCUAGCUGGGUUUCCAUCCACUGAUGUUUUGAGGGUGGUGGUGGUUGGUCGUCGUUUUCAAUAAACAGAAUUAAGCGUCCUCUGCAGCUGGAAA